AUCACACCUCCUAUUGUCUUCCGUUUUCACAUUUUAAACUUUUUUCUGUUUGUUUGCUAAGCAUAUGAUUUUUGGAGCUGCUCAGAGAUCAUUAAUAACGCGUUUAUCAUUCCUAAAAUGGCUAAUCUGAGUGAAAUUCGAAGAGUCUUUGAAAUGGUGGACGAAAAUGCAGAUGGAGUCGUUACUGUGAACGAAAUCUGUGGAUUUAUAAACAAGCUAGGAAUACAAAUGUCAGAAGAAGAUCUGAGAUUUGUAAUGAGAGAGAAAGGUGAAGAGAUUUGUAGCGAUCUUCUUCAAUUUGAAGAGUUUGUUGAUUUAUAUAACUUCAUCUUCAACCGCGAACAAGAUGAAGAAGAAAAUGAGUCAGAAGAUUUAAUGGAGGCAUUCAAUAUUUUUGAUGAGAAUAAAGACGGAUAUAUCUCUUGUGAAGAAUUGCAGAGAGUUCUCUCAGCGCUCGGAUUAAUUCCACACACUCAACCUCCACAAGAGUGCGAGAAAAUGAUAUGUAGAUUUGAUUCAGACUGCAAUGGAGUUUUGGAUUUCUCUGAAUUCAAAAAUAUGAUGUCUUCUGCAAUUUCUCCAUGAAUUUCCAUGCCUUUGUACAUUAAAAGGGUUUCACUAUCCCUGGCCAAUCUCCAGACCAACCGUUACGAUUGUUAUCUGUCAAGAUUUAAUUGUUAUUUUAAUCAAUCUGGUCCAAUUUGUUGGACUUACUAUAUAAUGAGGGACUAAAGGGACUAAAUGUUUGACUUGUUUUUUUUUAAAAUUGGCGAAUGAAUGUUCUAAGAAGGCCCUUAUCCUUAUCAUUUGCUAAUGGGACACUUAGAUCUAUUAAUUAAAUGUUUUCAAUAAGGAAAUUAAAUAUAAGGGGAGGUGGAGAAACAGUGAGCAGAUUAAUA